UAAAAACAAUCUGGCUGUUGCAAAAAAAGGGAGGAUGAUUUUCAUCAACUGGACACAGUUGGUGGUUGAUUUCAAAUGACUAGCCACUGUCACACUUUUCUUUUGAUUAUUCAUGUUUAUUCAUAUUAUACUAAUUACCAUUAUAAGAGCAGAAAUACAGCUUCCAAAUGAAUGUUGCUGACCCACCUUAUCAACUCACACAACAAAAAUAAAUGACAGAAUCCACCUGGAUUGCUUGUGGAUGGGUCAGAUGUUAUAGUUCAUGUACCGUUUGUAACAAAUUCUAAAAUGCCAUUGCUAUAAUAACAAAAAAAAAUAGUUCAUCAGCAAUUAAGCAUUAGUAUUUCUUAACUCAUGCUAAGAAAACCACACUGUAAUGGUUAUUAAUUCAAAAACAUUUACACAAAUUAGUAUUCCAAUACGUUCAUCUGUCGUACUGUGCACAUUAUGCAGAGUUUUUCUAAUUGGCCCCGUGAGGCUGUAGUCGACGCACAUUUGUCAGCUGGGGACAGCAGCUGUCAAUCAAACAGCAUCUUUAUAACCAGCCGCAGGAGCUGCUUCAUUGUAUCUCAGGAUAAACCCGGGGACAGACAGGAGCUCCACUGUGAUUAUUGAUCGUCAAUCGAUACCUUCUCUGAUGCGAUUAUUCUAACUGGUUUAGAUUCAGAGCGUUAGUAUUGCUACAUUUAUUAAAUCUCUCUUUUGAGCACUUCACUUUUUUGGAAAUCUUCUUCCUAGAACCCUUUUUUCUUCUUCUCCUGGCUGACUUUUCUUAUCGUUUCUUCUCAUAUCAGCUCAAGAUGGAUAAGUUGAGUGGGAACAAUGCGACAGUGGUGAACAGCUCCAUAGACAAGUGGCCAUUCAAUGAACGCGGCUCACACCAACACCUGAACCCCGCGGAGCUGAGGGUCCUGAUGCCGGCUAUUCUGGGAGUCAUCUGUGUCUUGGGUGUGGCUUGUAAUCUCACCGCGAUGGUCAUCUUGUUCUCCAACGCUCACAGGGGCAAACUCUCUCUCAUCAACUCCCUCAUCUUCAACCUGAUGUUUGCUGACAUACUGGUGCUGUUGUUCGCGGUGCCUUUCAGGGCUGCCUCCUACUCCAAAGCGAGCUGGAAUCUGGGCUGGGUGGUCUGCAAGACGUCCGACUGGUUCCUCCAGUCCUGCAUGGCAGCGAAGAGCUUCACCGUGGCCGUCAUGGCCAAAGCGUGCUACCACUACGUGUCCAACCCCACCAAGCAGGUGAGCAUCCACCUGGGCUCCACCCUGGUGGUUUUCUUCUUCAUCUGGCUGUCCGCCUGCUCCGUCACCAUCCCUCACUGGCUGUUUGCCACACUGCAGAGAGGAAUCCGCGGGCUGUUGUGUGUGCUGGCAGUUCCCCCUGAAGCCCGGGACUUCAUGGCUGUGUACGUCAAAGCAUACCCCCUGGGGGUCUACUGUGCACCUCUCAGCUUUGCCCUGAUGUAUUUCUGUAGGGCUUACUGCCAGUGUCAGCGUCGCUCCAGCAAGACUCAGAACCUGCGCACACAGAUCAGAUCCAGGAAGCUCACUUUGAUGCUGUUUAGCCUGACUGUGGCCAUGGCUAUUCUCUGGCUUCCACAGUGGGUGGUGUGGGUUUGGGAGUGUCAUGUAGCAGAGAAGGAAAUCGAAGGAGCUCAGCCCAUCGUCUCCUCUCUUCCCCCUCUUCUAACCCUCUCUGCUCAGCUGCUCACCUUCUCUCUGUCGCUGGUGAACCCUCUCAUCGUCCUCUCCCUCUCCGAGGAGUUCAGAGAGGGCUACAGGGGGCUGUGGAGGCGCCUCACCCUGCGCAAACAACCUCCUCCGAAGCCAAAACCCGGACCUCACAACCCUACAACUCUCCAGUCGCCUUGCCCCAGACCGGAGACUUCCGGCCAGCUGGGAGGAGAGAGGGGCCUUCGGUCAAGCUCCAGCCAGGGACCCAGCAGAGAGGCUCAGCCCCAGCCGGAGCAAGGAGGAGAGAGAGAUGAUGGGAUUGUCUUGCCUGAUGUGGAGCAGUUCUGGCACGAGAGGGAGAGUGGAUCGCACACAGAUGAAAAUGAUCCUGUGCCGUGGGAGCACCAGAGCAAAGUCGAGGAAAAAUAACAACCACCUUCAAGCUGAUCUUCAGUACAGUCCUCAGACAGCAGCAGCUUCAUCAGCUGACCUUAAUUUAAGGAGUGCUGCACCGUAAAUCAUUUGUGUUCUGUCAACUGUGUUUAUGAAAUUAUUCAAAAGGUAAGACAUGCAAUGAGCGUGGAAUACGAGAGUGGACUAUAAAUAGAGCAGUAUCAUCUGUAUAUAUGAUAAACAUUACAUGCUAUUGUCUUUUUGUUGUGUUUUUAUUGUUUAACGAGGAAGAACUAGAUUCUAAUUAGUGUAAACUGACUUUUGGUGGCUGUAUAUUAAAGCUGUAUAUUAAAGCUGCUGGUAGGGAUAACAAAGUAAAUUCGAUACACAGCAUAUCUAUAUACACCGAUCAGCCAUAAAAUUAAGACCACUGAGAGGCGAAGUGAAUAGCAUUGACUACCACGUUACAAUGGCACCUGGCAGUGGGUGGGAAAUAUUAGACAGCGAGUGAACAUUUUGAACUUUGAGCUUUGGGUUGGAAGCAGAAAAAAUGGGCAAACGUAAGGAUGUGAGCGACUUUGACAACAAGGGCCAAAUCGUGAUGGCUAGACGGUAGACGGUCAGCACAUCUCCAAAACUGCAGCUCUUGUGGGAUGUUCCCGGUCUGCAGUGGUUAGGACCUGCCAAAAGUGGUCCUUUGAAGGAAAACCAAUGAACUGACAACCGGGUCAGACCCAAAGCUCAUUGAUGCACGUGUGGAGCGAAGGCUGGCCCGUGUUGUCUGAUCCAAUAGAAGAGCUACUAUAGCUCAAAAUUGCUGCAAAAGUUAAUGCUGGUUCCAAUAGAAAGGUGUCAGAACAC